AUGAAGGUUAUCGCUACGAUUGCUGCUGCUUCGAUGGCCCUCGGGAUCUCCAACGCUGACCACACAUCGCGUCAGCUGAUUCUCGGUGGUGGAGUCAUUCGGAGCGGCACGAAGACGUACACCGCCGGGAUCCGUACUACACCCGACGGUGACACUUACUGCGGUGGCUCCCUAAUCUCGCCCACGCACAUUCUUACGACGUCGAUGUGCACGGGCUACAAGGAGCCAAAAUUCGUGUCCGUAGGCACGCACUACCUCAACGGCACGCAGGACGGUGAGCAGAUUAAGGUCGUGUCGGCCCAGAACCACACGUCGCUGAAUUUCUCCAGCGGCACGUACGACUUCGCUCUUCUGACUCUGGAGAAGCCGAGCAAGUUCACCCCCGUCAAGCUUCCCAAAGCGGAUGGUUCGGACGUUAAACCCGGCAUGUGGUCGAAGGCCAUGGGAUGGGGAGUCACCAGCUACCCCAACGGCUCCCUCUCUUACGAACUGCAGGGUGUAAGCCUUGAGGUGUGGGCCAACGAUGAAUGCUCGCGGGUGUUCAAUAUCGGUGACACGAGCGUGUGUGCCGGUGGUAUGCCUGAAAAAGACGCGUGCGUGGCUGACACUGGUGGCCCACUGAUCAAGGAGAACGGCCAGGGAGACUUGGAUGACGUCCUAAUUGGUCUGGUCAACUGGGGCUACGGCUGCGGCGACGCAGGAUCGCCCACCGUCUACUCUCGUGUGUCGACCGCUAUCGAGUGGAUCAAUUCUGUCACCUCUGGCUCGACACAUACCAAGGGUCAAUAA